AUGUUACAACCCGCCUCUUCAUCGCAACAAUCAGACUUUGAUUUGCAUCCUUCUUCACCAAGAACCUUGCAAGUCGGAGGAGGCGGCGACGGCGGAGGUGGAGGAGGUGAUGAUGGGGGAGGCGGAGGAGGUGACGGUGGUGGUGGAGGAGGUGAUGACGCUGGAGGAGGCGAUGAUGGCGAAGGCGGUGGAGGUGAUGAAGGCGGAGGCGGAGGAGGUGGUGAAGGUGGAGGCGGCGGAGGACAGCCGGAUUUGCCACCGAUGCCAAUUCCGAUUCCAAUCCCGACGCCAACCCCAAUAUUUAUAUCAGAUGAAGACGCCAUUGUUUUCAUUGUUGUUGUCGGUGACAAUAACAGAACUGCACCCGAUCAUUCAUUCAGUAAUCAAACUUAA